GUUGCACUGCAGGACAUUGAUCAAAAUAAUACAUUGAUGCCAGUUGCUGCACAGGUUCGGUUCAGGUUUACUGACGUGAGUCUAUUAAUAAAUCGCAGAAAUCCUAUUAAAGAUGGAUGAAACAAAUUGGAAGAUGGAUGAUAUUGCUUCCACUUCUACAGCUCCUCAAGCUGGUCAAACUUACAAUAAAUUUAAUUAUUCUAAUUACAGAGCAAAACUAACUCAGAUUCGCGAAAUCUACCAUCAAGAAGUGGACAAGUAUGAAGAAAUCUGCAACGAAUUGACCAUUUACAUUUUGAGUCAUCUCAAGCAACAGUUGCUGGCACGCCCUGUCACCUAUCAGGAAAUUGAGAUAAUUAUUAACACCGCUAACAAUAAAUUUAACUCGGUGCAUAUGCAGCUCAACCAGGAUACAUGUGAUUCAAUUAUGAUCCUCAGAACUAGAUCUUUGGACAACAGAAGAAAAAUGCGCAACACUCUGGCAUCCCAAAUUUUGAACGAAUAUUUUUAUUCUCACUACUCUGAUCCAUAUCCUAGCGAAGAUGACAAAGCUGACUUGGCUGCUAAAUGCAGCAUAACAGUUAAUCAGAUUUCUAACUGGUUCGGCAACAAACGGAAUAAAUCUAAAAUAGAAAUUAAAAAUGCUCAACAAGAAGCCAAAAUAUUCGCAGCAAAGAAAUUCGUUGAAACUACACCAUCUAAAAAAAAUCCAUCACCGCCUAUAAUGUCUGCAGAAUUGCCUAAACAAUCAAAAAGGUGCACAAAGGCAUCUGCCCGUAAAAAAUCUACAAAGAAACGCAAUGCAUGAACAAGCACUUAAACAACUUAUCCAUGUGAAUAUCGACAGGAUAAAUGUCGUGAAUAGAGGUCGAAAUUAAAUCUAAAUCUUUAUUAUAUAAUACGUGUUAUAGUCUUUCUAAAAUUAAUACGUAUUAAACUCUAAUAUAUGUUUCGUUUGGAUAUGU